AUGAGCUUAAUCACCAAUUCUGGAAAUAACACACUGAAGGCUCUCAUAUACUAUAAUGGAAAAUGGGAUGCAAAUUUUAAUUACUCAGACUACAUAAUGAAAGGAAUUAUAAUACCAGAUGACACAAAUUUUGAAAACCUCCGGUCAAUGAUAGCAAAUAUACUGCAAGUUAACUACUGGGAAACCAACAUGGAGAUCAAAUAUCAGUUGGAGAACAACGGUCAAACUUUAAAAGUUGAAGACGACAACAGCCUCAUAUUUUACCUUGAAAUGAGAAAGAGUGACUCUAUGAUAACAAAGUUUCCGCUUUGCAUUUCAACCAAAAAAUCUGAAGAACAGCCCCAACUACCGAUGAUUAACAGCAACUCUUCGACGACAGUGAAUGAAGAGCAAACAGAAAAUGUAGUAUCCAAAGACUCACCCAUGGAUUUUGUAGAAUAUGCUGAUUUUUUCAGAAAACAGAUCAAUAUAGAAGUUGAAGAAGCUGAAAGUAAACUAGAAGACUACCGAAUUAUAACUGAUCCAAAUCAAAAAGAAGUCUAUGUUGGGCAAAUCUUUAAAGAUAAAACGAUCAUGAAGACAUGUUUGAGUUUAUAUGCAAUUGCUAACAACUUUCAGUUUAAAGUGAUUAAAUCAUGCACAAUUGAGUAUGUACUUUGUUUGGAUAGAAAUUGCAAAUGGAGUUUAAGGGCUUCAAGAGAUGGAAGGACAAGCAUGUUUCUUAUUAGAAGACUCAACAACAUUUACACAUGCUCAGUAGACAUUAGAAUGGAAGAAAAAAGGCAGGCAACAUCUUCAAUUGUAGCAGAGGUGAUAAAAUCAAAGUUUUUGAAUGUCAAAACAAUUUACACACCUGGAGACAUAAUUUUAGACUUUCAAAAGGAAUAUGGUGUGAUUUUGAAUUACAAUAAAGCUUGGAGAGCGAAGGAAAAGGCGCUUGGACGAUUAGAGGUAAUCCGCGUGACUCUUAUGGUGUUUUGCCUAGUUACUUUCACAUGA